AUGCCUUCUAUGUCUUCUUUACUUGGUUCUAUUGCAAGGUUACCUGUAUUAUGUACUUUCAGACAAACCGUCUUUUUUUCAUCUAUUACUACACUAUUCGAUAAAUACCUUGUAAGUUCGCGAAAGAUAGCCAGAGAUAAACUUAAGGGACGAGGGUUUCCUUCCAAUAUCAGCACUACUGCAUCUGGUUUUGAUCUAAAAGAUUUACAAUUAUUAAAAGUGAACUUUCAACCAACCCCGUUUAAAAACGAUAUCCUUCCUAAUGUAGAUGUCAGUGACUUUCCGGAAGAAUACAUUCUUCCAAAUAUUAGUAAGAAGGAACUCUUAGACACAAGUUUUAAUGUCGAAAGCUUUAAGGAAAUUUCAGACCAUCAGGUUCAAGCAUUCUUAACUGACCUACACGAAGUUAUCAAGGAUUUACAUUCCAAUGAAGGUAUGGAGGGAUCUGAAACAGAUACGCUGGUAUAUAAUCUACUAUUUCAAAUUGUUGGUUUGCAUCGCUAUCCAUUGAAAAUUAGGCUAUACAUCGCAAGCGAAUGUUACAUGAUAGCAAAACCUGAAUUCGUUAUUAACAGAAAGAAUAUUUCUAUGAUUGUCAUAGAGGGCAAGCAUAUAAAAAAUAAAAACCUUAUCCCUUCAAAAGGCUAUGGGGAGGCACGAUUGGCCGCAGAAAUACUUGCAUGUGCGAACGAAAACAUGCUUCAUACUGCACAUCAAACUGACGUAAUUUUGGAUCAAAUUAUAUUUGCCGUCAGGGUUGUUUCUACAUAUUUUACAUUUUACAAGGCCAUAAUUCCUAGCGGAUACUGGAAUGAACUUGGUUAUGGAUUGCUAAAGAAGGAGUCAAUUAUAAUUAAAAGAUGGCCAGAAGAUAUGCGUCCAGCAAGUGGUCUGGUUAUCGUAGAACCAAGUGGAAGACAAAAUGUAUUGAAAGCAUUUUUCAAAAUUC